AUGGCUUCAAAUAAACGUAUUAAGACUGCAGCGGUUAUAUCAUGGAUUUUGUCGAUUACUGCAAUAGCUCUGGUAAUAUACUGGAUGGUACACUAUAAUGACGGUUAUAAAGUUGACAUAUGGCAUUUUCGUGACGCUAGAAUCUUUAACUAUCAUCCACUGUUUAUGGUAAUAGCGUUUAUUUUCCUUGCUCCGACAGGUUAGUGCAUAAUGUAAAUAUUAACAGGCAUACAUACAUUACAUAUACAACUUGCAGGGCCGUAGCGAUCGAAGAGGCUAAGGUUGGGACUUGGGGGUGUAUAGUAUCGCAUUUGCCGACAACAUUUCAGUCGCUAUUAAUUAACUUUCUAUUUAUUUUGGUUGGUGAGCCGAGGGGGAGGUAAAAAAUUACGAAAACAAUUUGCUGACGGCCCUGAUAUUAUAAUAGGGUUGCUAAAGAUAUGGUAUACAUAUGCCCUGACAAGCUCGUUUACGGCGGACUCAUUUUUCUCUGACGUCAGACUCCGUGUUUUCCAUAUGACUCCGUGUUUUCCACAUUUUAAGACUCCGGGAUCGGAGUUCCGGAGCCGGAGUCCCGGAGUCUUAAGCCUGGUUCACAUUGAUCGGCGAUGUUCUACGAUCCAUUGUCUGUGAGCAACGAAGAUGAAAAUGCACAAAACAUUUUAUGAUUCAAUGACCACCGACAAUGGGCGCCGAUGUUUACGAUAAAUGUGAACCAGGCUUUAAAAUGUGGAAAACACACGGAGUCAUGGAAAACACAGAGUCUGACGUCAGAGAAAAAUGAGUCCGCCGUAAAAUAUGUCUGACGUAAAAAAUAUGGAAAACACGGAGUCCGACGUAUUGUAGUUUUUAUUGUCAACGUGAAUAUGGAAAACAGUUUAUAAAGCAAAUGAUAUCGUUUUUCCUGUCGUAUGAUUUAUUCAACCGUAUUUAAAGUGAUUUUAAUGCCGAUUUUGUUCACCCGUAUGGUAUGUUGUUGACUGUUGUUUAUGAUAGUUAUAUUUAACAAUUAUUCGCCUCAGGCCCGGUGAUUAUCGGGGAUAUUCGCCGAGACGUUUGUGUUUUUCUUGUCUGAAUUAAUUUUAAUUUCGCUUAUUUCUUUAUCACUAACUUCAACAAAACGGCUAGCCGCCAUUUUGAAAAUUUAGCUAGAUUUUGUUAUAUUCACCUGUAGGUGUACUGUUCAAAGAUAAUCAAUAUCCAUGGCAAACUUUCAGUACUUGAGCGCCGCUAUAUCUCGUCAAAAUGUCAAAGCCUAGUACUGCACACUAUUGCCAAGGAGUUUUGUGUAAUGAGCUUGAAAUCAACUAUGCGGAAAUAUUCUAACCAGUGUGUAUAUAACUAUUUCAGUAAACAACAGUCGAUCAACAUACUCAUACGGGGUGAACAAAAUCGGCAUUAAAAUCACUUUAAAUACGGUUGAAUAAAGUCAAACGACAGGAGAAACGAUGUCAUUUGCUUGAUUUUAUUUAAGAUAUUUUCACGGCAUUUUAGAGAAAUAACUAGAAAAUUCGUUCGCUUUGUUUAUAUUUGCAAAAUUAUAUAUUAUUUAAUUACUGUACUGUUUUCCAUAUUUCACGUUGACAAUACGUCGGACUCUGUGUUUUCCAUAUUUUUUACGUCAGACUCCGUGUUUUCCAUAUUUUACGGCGGACUCCGUGUUUUCCAUAUGACUCCGUGUUUUCCAUAUUUUUCUGACGUCGACUCUGUGUUUUCCAUAUUUUACGGCGGACUCCGUGUUUUCCAUAUGACUCCGUGUUUUCCAUAUGACUCCGUGUUUUCCAUAUUUUUCUCUGACUCCGUGUUUUCCACAUUUUAGUUAAGACUACGGGACUCCGACUCCGGGACUCCAUUGUCAAUAUACAGUAAACGUCAGUAUACAGUAAACAUUGUCAAUAGACUUAACACGGUUUUUUGAAUUUGUUAUGUCGAAAAUCAUGAUUUUUCAAGCUUACCGUUUGCGGUAGUGGUCAACUAAAACCCAAGUUACCACUAAACAUAGACGUUGCAUCACUUGCAUGAUAUAUUUAUGUUACUUGUGUUAUAUGUUCUACGCAUUUGCCAUUCACGCUACAUUAUUCAGUGCAGUGGAAUCAAUUUGUGCGACUAUAUUGUCAGUUUACUCAUUGGACUGAUGUGCUUGCGAUCUGCGAGUACAAAGUUUUCGUUGCCCGCUCUAUAUAAACUCUAAGAAAAAUAUACACACCAUACGCGUUAAGGCCCAUACAGACCGGACGCGAUUUGGCAACGCGGCGCGAAUUUUCAAUUUUCAAUUAAUGACAGUUAACUUUAAUAUUUUUCUAUGUUUUUCAAAUAUUCGGAACCACUUAAGCAAUUUUAUGUAUUUGGUCUGCAUAUUUUGUAAAUUUUCUAUCCGUUGACAGUUUUAUCACUUUUUAAAAACUGAAAAUUCGCGUCGCGUUGUCGAAUCGCGUUCGGUCUGUAUGGAUCCACACCGGACGCGAUUCGACAACGCGACGCGAUUUUUCGAUUUUCACUGACCGAUAACUUUGAUCCUAGUUUAAACUUUCCAAAUAUUUAGAAGCGUUAUAACAUUUUGAGUUAUUUGGUCUACAUAUCUUUUAAAAUUUGCUCUCAUUGGGCUCGCGUUGUCGAAUCGCGUCCGGUGUGUCUGGACCUUAAGCCAGGUUUCGUAUGUCGCUGAUGGUCGGCGAUGCACUCAUAGAUAAUUUUUUAUGGUGAUCAUUGUCCAUUGAAGGAGAAAAACUAUUUCAUGUAGACAAAGGAUCUGAUUUUACCGCAUCAAUGAUCAAAGACAAUGGUACUGAAAGACCAUCCCAAAGAAUGAGUAUCAGGCCAUUUGCAAACGAAUUCAGUAUCUUUUCCAGCGAAAUCUGCCAUGUUAUAGUCCGCCAAUCGCCAUGAUGGAAAACGUCAAAGUCCCCACCUCCGGGCUGAAAUAUUUCGGCAAUAACCCCACCCCCGGGAUUAGGAAACGCUGCGAAGGCCCGGGGGGAUGGGCACUGCUGGAAUUGACUGAUACAUAACAGGAUUAGAAUUGUACUUAAUACAUUGACAAUCGCGGUGUUAUAGGCUGUGACUGUGUAGUGUAAACGCCACACGAUCAAAAAACAAAAACAAUACAAGGAAUCCGGAUACACUUACGAAUCCGAAAACUUUUGCUACUGUAAGUGUCAUAAUAACACUCUAACAUGCAUUAACAUUAACCCUAACCCGCAACUAACGCACAGGGGUGGAAAAAUAUACACUUGGACCGCCCGCUGUAACUGUGUGAUGUUGUCAAACUGAAUGUCAUGCUAUAGUUUAAAUUAACAGAAAAAUAUUAAUUUCAUUGCACCCAGAAUCUUAAUAACUUUUUAGCAAUAUAACAUAAAACUAAUUUAGAUAACAUGCAUCAAGGGUGUGAUCCUAAGGUGAAUAGAGAUGAUAAAAAGGCACUACUAGGGGGCACCACCAGGGGGAUCCAUGCUCCCCAGGAAAAUUUUGAAAAUUAGACAUUCCAGAUUGGCUAAAAAUGCAUUUGCCAUACUUGACAUUUGUUACGUUAUUCUAUAGUCUACACAUUUACGUUACACACUGUUACACCAUAAAGAUGGAUGCACUUAUAAUCAAAUCAUUGCAUUUCUGAGGUCAUACUUACAGUGCAGGUAACAUUCUUUCCAUUAGUUCGAAUUUUUCCUCUGAAUUUCUCCUUUAAUCUAUUAAAUUUUUACAAUUAUCCUUUUUUUCUUUCUUGGAGAAAUAUUUUCUGGGAACUCGAAAAAUUUUCUGAAGGGACCAAUGGCCCCGUGGUCCGAUACUUUAGUCUUUUUCCACCCCUGCUAACGCCCCUGAUUAAUUAUAAGUGAGUUAGUCAAAUCCGAGAUUGACCGAUUUCGCUCAAGGGAAACAAAAUCGGUCGAGGGAGCGGAAAAUGAUUGAAAUAUGGUUUGGGCAAAUCAGACAUAUAUGAAGCAUGCACAAGUGUACCACAUGAAGCGUGAAGACAUAUAUUGUUUUGGAAUAUAACUACCAAAACAAUUAAACAAACUAACCAACCGACUACCAAACUAACUGCCUAACAAAUAAUUCACGCAUGCACUAUAAACAAACUCACGCACCGAAUAUAAAGCCAAACUUCAUUUGGGUACCGCAAAGCGAUUUCGAUAUAGCACGGGGUUAUAUUGUAGUUAUAGUUUAUAUGUAUAUGUAUAUGUACUGACAAUAUAGUUAUUAUAUAUUAUUUGGGUGCCAGUGGAUAAGGUUAAAAUUGAAAAAGGAACAAAGCCAUUUUACCGUAUAACGAAAAUUGUAAAUUCUUUUACAAAGGUGAAAGGGUGCAUUUGUAGAAUCCAUGGGCGGAUAGAUUUACUGGAGGGUUAGGGGAUUAACCCUCCUAGAUUCUCUCUAACCCCUCUAGAUUCUCUCAACCCCACCAAAAUUUCGCUUCACCCCUCCUAUUUUGUCAUUUUGUGUGACAAUCUUUAACCUUAACGCUCAGUGUUGCCUCUAGAAAUUUUUCCACCCCUCCUUUAAAAAAAAAAGAAAAUCUGCCCUUGGUAGAAUCACGCGUAGAAGCACGAGCCUAUAUGUAAGAUUUGGUCUGUAAAUUUUAGAAAGCCUGCAAAAUUCGCUAUCCGAUGGAUAUGAUCGCGAGCGCUUUACAUAUAGCGUCACAAAAAGUGACUCGAUGGUAUGGAGAACAGAGAGUUUGCCAAAAUAAUACGUAGUCAAUCCGACAAUAAAGCAUUCCGAUCACUGAAUCAUGACUAGAUGGCACUAUUGCUAUGUUGUGUGUCAUGUAAAGGGUCAUUAAUGAAUGUAAUCAGUACAUGGGACCUUAUGAGAGGAAAGAGCAUAUUGGAGAGGGAUUGCAUGCCACAAUGUGUCCAAAGUAGGAAUUUUGUUAAUUUGCGCACCAGUGAGAGAUCGAAUCUUGGGAGAAAUCGAAUAAAAUUUAUUAAUUGUUAUUAAUAAUUAUUUAUUAUUCUAGGUGCUGCAGUGUAUCGCUUGUCCCCAUCUUUUAUCAGUAAAUUUUGGCAGAAGAUUAUACAUUUUUCGAUACAAUUUACAGCGUUAAUAUUUGCAAGUGUUGGUUUAGCCGCCGUCAUAAAGGUUCAUAAUGAUUAUGGGAAAAACAAUUUUAUCAACGUUCAUAGCUGGUGUGGCUUGGCCACGUUUGGCUUGUUUACUUUGCAGGUAAAACGUGAAAAAUGUCUCUAUACUAUAGUAUGUAAUAGUUAUUCUUUAGUGACCAAUAAUUCAACAGGAAAACCGAUAUUGAUAGUGGACAUUGAAUGACAAUGAUUGUGUGUUUGGUUCACGAAAUACUAAUAUACAAAAUAAAUAAUGAAUGUUUAUUCGUGAAAUAAUGAAUGAAUGAAUAAAUAAUGAAUGUUUAUUCGGUGAAAGAUGGAAUGUUCCAUUCAACUCGGCUGUCGCCUCGUUGAAUGGAACAUUCCAUCUUUCACCUCAUGAAAAUAUUCUUACCAUUGCACGAAUAAAAAAAAAUCAUUAUUUGUUUUAUAUAAUACCAAAAUAGACUAAUAUUAAAAGGUUUACUGUAAGCUCCCGCCAUUUUGACGAGUCGUAUUUGCAUUAAAUCCCAUUUACUUAACAUCCUACAACUUAAAAGUUAUUGAUAUUUAUCGAUCCAGUUUGUACGAACUUAUUGGUGUCACACUUCUGUUACCUACAGGAAACCGCAUGUCGAUAUAUGGCCUUUAUCACCCACCUAGGCACAAUUAUCUGGACAGCGACUUAUUGGAUUAUUUGAUAAAUAUUUCUGACGACGUUCUGGACAAAUAUCCAGACACUGUAAUUGUUUGUGGAGGGGAUUUGAACAGUUUGGACAUAAAACACCUUGAGGAACUAUCAGGAUGGGAUGCAAUGGUCGGGGUAACGCAUGUUUGGAUAACUGCCUUAUUUAGUGGAUAUUCUGCCUCCGUUGGUUAG